ACCCCGAGGAGCUGAAUUUGGCUGGACAAGCUGUCCAUGUGGUGAGGCCAAGAGAUAACGUUUUGCCCUCGAGCGGCGAAACGGAUGGGAAGAAUUCGAUACCACAGCACUCUGAGGCCUCCUAUGCCAAGGCGCUAAUCGCACAGAUGGGGGCAACGUUUUGGUUUACUGGGGCGAACGUAGGGGUAUGUAGCUUAAUCAUUGUUCUACUCAUCUUCAUUAAUCGUCACCUCAGUGUUUUUGGGAUGGUUACUUCAUGGUCAUGGCCAAAGUGAUCGAGAAUGGCGAGCGCUUGGACAUCCAUUUUAGUCGUGUCGUUGCCGCCGGUUCUCGGUUUACCCCGUCCUUGCAACAAAUAACGGCGCAGACUUUGCAUGCUUCAGUAGCCGGUCACAUAAAGGCGGCGAAGGAGGCGGCAAGAAGGCGGCAGGAUGCCCAGGAACGGAAACUGCGCGAUAUAGAAGUAGCAGAGGAAGAGGCGCUUACUGCUGUGACAGAAGUGGAGGAUAAAAUGGAAGGGGUUGAACAGGCCCUGCGCCGUACAAAGGCACGGGGCGAUGUGGAUACUACAACGGCAGAGAAGGAGGUGGAGAGAUGCGAGAAGAUGCAAUUGGCAGCUUCAGAAGUAGCUGCGAAGAUGGCUCGUGAGGCUAAAAUAGCAACAGAAAACUACGAGGAGGGCAAGGCUGCCGUUGACGACCUUCAGGGUGGGGGGUGCUACGUGUCAGACAUCUAUCGAAAACUGAACUCGUAUGGGCUUUUCACUUCUAUCGGCAUACUGGCAGCUCGUGGUCUCCCUCAACGCCAUGCCCGACGCAAACCCAAUGUAUCUUUGGUGGUUCACCCAUUUGGCAGGGCAUCUUAUAAGUGGAGCGGUGUGCUACAUGAUAAGCAUCCUCUGCCGUAUGUAGAUUGUGGGAGAAACAUUCUGGGAGGCGGCCUGCACGGGAUUGUUUGCGACGGCAUAUUCCACGAUGUUGAUGGAACAACUAUCCCGGUUGUUGUUAAGAUGCCUCGUCUUACCAGGAAGGUGGCACAAUUGAAUGAAGCGGCAGCGGCUAUGGAACAUGAAUUCCAGGUAUAUAAUGCACUACGUCAUAUGCAAGGUUCUGUCAUUCCUCGACUGUAUGGUUGUGGCUAUGUCGACGACUGGUACAGCGGGAGAUCGAUACCUGCUUUGGUAUUAGAGAAUGCAGGCGGGAAUAAUCUGACUUCGCUUGAUAUCUCAACAUUGACGCAGGAUGUUAAGAUUGCCAUCAACAAUGUCUUGAGUACCUUUCACAAAGAGGGGUGGCUCCAUGGUGAUAUUGCAGAGAGGAACAUCCUCUACUCAACUGGCACCGAUGGCCGAAAGCAAUUUCGUCUUUGUGACCUGUCCUUAGCAGAGCGGUGGGAGUGCGAGCUUGAUAAACGAGAUGAGAUCUUCGAGUUGUUUAAAAUCUUGCAUCCUUGUGAAGAAGACGAGGAUGAUGACAAUGAUCCGAUUUGGAAAGAGUACCGAAGUUAUGUCAAUUAAAAAGGGUUGUAAUGACUUCGUAUAUUCGAUGAUCUGGUGGAUGAGAGUGAAG